GUGAAGUUCACCUCAAGUCACGACCGCCUCACUGCGUCGUCUGCUGGUGCUUCGAUGCCUGCUUUUCAAGUUCGCUGAGUGGUUGCUACCUCCCCGAUGCUGCAGUCCCUGCGGAGUCGCAUCCUGGAGACACUGUCCUCUCGAGAUAUCCUACCUCGAUACCGCCCAGCAGAAGGACCAUAUCAACUCCUCCCACCUUCGACAUUGCCAGAUCUACAAUCACCAGACCCACAAGUCACGAUGACAAGAAAGGGGCUUUGUCCACGCCCGGGCUCUCGUGUCCUUGCCCUCGUCUUUUUGCUACUGCUCAUCAGUGCAGUCAGUGCUGGAGUAAUUCGUCACAGACCCGGGCCUUCUGGGCAUCCGGCGCUUCUGGAGGCUACCAUAGACGAACUACAAGCAGGGCUUGCCAGCAGGAGAUUCACGAGCGUCGACCUAGUCAAGGCUUAUAUUGCGAGAAUACAUGAAGUCAACGAUACGCUGCAUGCUGUAACGGAAAUUAAUCCCGAUGCCCUGGCUAUUGCUCGCGAGCUGGACAAUGAGCGUUUGCGAGGUUCGUUUCGUGGGCCGCUUCAUGGACUCCCCAUCUUGAUCAAGAACAAUAUUGCCACGAAUGAUAGCAUGAACACCACAGCUGGUUCUUGGGCUCUUGUGGGAGCCAAAGUUCCGAGAGAUGCUACGGUUGCACAAAAGCUUCGAGCUGCGGGAGCCAUCCUCCUUGGAAAGACGAACCUCAGCCAGUGGGCACACUUCAGAUCCGUCAAUACCACAAAUGGCUGGUCAGCAUACGGAGGGCAGUCAUAUGGACCCUAUUUUCCAAAACAAGACCCAUGGGGCAGUUCGAGUGGUAGUGGCAUAUCAUCAGCGCUCGGUUUAGCACUUGGCUGCUUGGGCACCGAAACAGAUGGCAGCAUUGUAGAUCCUGCUGAUUUCAACAACAUCGUGGGGAUCAAACCCACUGUCGGACUCACUUCGAGGCACCUGGUCAUCCCGGUCAGCGAGCAUCAGGACACUGUUGGACCUUUGACAAGAACAGUCAAAGAUGGUGCUCAUAUUCUGCGGAUAAUCGCAGGAGCGGACCCGCUGGACAACUAUACCUCAUCCAUUCCACAGGGCAAAGUCCCGGACUUUGUUGCGGCUUGUCAACUGUCUGCACUGUCGGGCGUCCGGCUUGGUGUUCCAAGCAACGUCUUAUCGAUCCUUUCGACCAACACAACCGAGCCAAUACUUGAAUCGUUCUACGGAGCAUUCGACAUAUUACAGGCAGCUGGCGCCACGAUCGUUGAAGAUACCAACUUCACCUCAGCUGCAGAGUUUGAAAGCUCACAGCUACCAACCAUCAUUCUCGAAGCAGACUUCGUCGUCAACUUACAAGACUAUCUAAGCUCGCUAACAUACAACCCAAACAACAUCAGCUCGCUCGCCGACUUGCGCCGUUUCACUCAGUCUUUUCCACUAGAAGACUAUCCGCAGAGAGAUACUGGCUUGUGGGACCAGGCACUACAGAACUGGAACAACACAUCUCCUCAAUUCUGGCCCGCUUAUCAGCAGAAUUUGGUUUACGGCGACGAGGGAGGUUUGCUCGGCGCACUCAAGCGCUAUGACCUCGAUGCUGUCAUUCUGCCAACCCAUUUCUCUUCUAGCUUCGCUGCUACUGUUGGCGCCCCUAUAGUGAGUGUGCCAAUGGGCUUCUAUCCAGCUGGAACUCCAGUCUCAACUGAUCCAUGGGGCUUGGUCGAAGCCGCUCCAAAUAUUCCGUUUGGACUCAGUUUCCUCGGAGCAAGAUUCGAUGAUGCCAAACUCAUCGGCAUGGCCUACGCAUACGAACAGAGAACCAAAAUCAGGAACAAGGUAUCGCCGUACAUUGUGCCCCAGACAGAGAUUCGGGAUGUUGUAGGUUCCUGAUGAAGCGCAGACAAGUAACUGCUGAGCAUGAUGAGGUGAAGUCGAGGGUGAAAUAUAUGCAGUGACCAGCCCGACGAAGAACGGCCGACUGCUGAAGGAAUUCCAACGGACUAGGGAAGUUGUCGACAGACCACAACCUCGCGGUCCGUAGCUGACCACCUUGGUAGCCACAGGAGGGCUGUUGAUGGGCUGAGGCAGUACGGAACUACUAGGCGAGGAAGUAGAGAACGAUACUCCAAUAGCUAUUGUCGGCGCCCAAGUCUCCGCUGGUUAUUCAAUUUCCUCUGGCCGUCACGAAGUGCCACCAUGCAUGGAAUGGACCU